AUGUCCUAUGCUCAAGUCCAAUCCUAUGUUUUCCUACCUAAAUAUAUCCUUGAUUACGUUGUUGGUGAUGACAAGCCUAGAAUUGAUCCCGACCUCUUCAUAACAAAAGCCAAUCCCUCCCAAAUCGUCGAGGUGAUUGUCGCAUUUUAUCCUCAUCUUCAACUUACUGAAAACGCAUGUCACGACCAUGAACUCCUCUUGAAAAUUUUCAUUGAAAUGGUCGCCCCAUGUUUAUCCAAUUUAGUGUCCUCUUUCGACCGCGAAAAGAACUAUGUGCAAGCCUUAUUUGAAGCCCCCAUUUACACACCUUCUCAAUCUACAAGAUGGGUUAACUCCGCUGCGGAUAUCGAUACUAAGCGCAUCGGAGACUUCGAAGCAUAUGUUCUCCAAAACUUCAAGAACGGGAACUAUCGCCUUGCAGCCAAACAAUCAAACUUACAAUUUCUCCGGAAGUACAAGUUUCUGAAGAAAGAAGAGAUCGAGGAAAUCAUGCAUGUCGAAACUGAAGCCAACGAGGCCCUUCACGAGAUUUUACACCUUGUUCAAGAUUCCCAUGAGUUGAUCGAAAGUAUCCAGCUUCGUCUGCAUCAGCCUAAACUCUCACAAAUAGAAUGCGAAGACUUUGAGGAGCAUUUAAGGAGUGCAAAUACUUCAUUGAAAUCGCGUCAGGUGAUGUUUAAUACCGCGGUCCAAAAUGUUGGAUUCAUCAAUGCAUUCAUCAAACAUCAUAAGGAUAUCCUUGUCAAACAUCAACUUAAUCCUUCGACCUAG